ACCACGCAGCAGCACAGCAGCGGCCGCGCCACCACAGCGAACACCGAGAGCCUUCCUCCCCGCUCGUCUCCCCCCCUCCGCGCUCGCUUCGCGUUGCUCUCUCUCUCUCUCUCUCUCGGUCUCGCGUGCUCCCGCCCGUCCGCUCCAGCUAGCUACAUCCCCCGUGGGCAGCCGAUCGGUGGGGUUCCGGGCGGUGGUGGUGGCGGCGGAGGAGAGGGAAGCGGCGGGGGCCUGGAGAGCGGCGCGGAUGGCUCUGCUGCGCCGGCGCCGACGGGGCCGGUGACGCCCGCCGUGGCGGUCGCCUGAGACCGCCGUUUGUCGGGGUGGACGGGGGAGCGAGGCGGCGAGGACGGUGGGGUUGGAUUGGAUUGGAUUAGGUUGCGCGCCGUCUGCUGAGGAGAGGAUUGGGGUUGGGAGGUGUUUGUCGGCGGUGUGGGCUUGGUAACUUCACGGGGGGACUUCUUAGGGGGCGGUAUUUGAUUAUUUUGGAGCUGUGAGGUUCUGCACUAAACAGUCCACUCUUCGGUCUGGGUCCAUCUAAGCAAAGUAUCGGAACUUCAAGCUCACUUAAACCCAGGUUACAGUAAGUGUUUGGCCUUAGCAGAGUUGAAGAUAAGGACGGGGGCUAGGAUUAAACUCUGCUGACUUGGUUUUUGCGUGCAACAGAUCAACUUCAGUUUUCAGUAGAGUAACGACAAUUGGAUCAAUUCAAGUAGGUGAGUGGAAUUGAUCCUUCUGAAGAUUCUGAUCCAAGUUCAAUUCACGAGUAUAUUCGUGAAUACGAUAGGUUUUCUCGUGGAAAUUGAACACUAAUUUGGCUGCUCUUUUGGGGCCGGUGCACAAAUUUGAAAUAUUGGGAGUGCUGGAAUGAUAUAGAGGUCUAGGAGGAGAUAUGAGGUACUAUUUGCGUCAGGUCCAGUGUUUGGUUGGAGAUAUGGAAGGAGGAGCUCUCUUGUUUAUAGAUGACCUCAACUCCAAGUGACCAAGCGAGCAGCUGUUGAACAAUUCCCUUCUAUUUCUGUUUCUUUUUCCUGGAUUUGGAGAUGGAGGUGAAUUCCUCUGGUGAGGAAAUGGUGGUAAAGGUAAGAAAGCCGUACACAAUAACAAAGCAGCGCGAGCGGUGGACUGAGGCAGAGCACAAACGCUUCCUUGAAGCCUUGAAACUUUAUGGCAGAGCAUGGCAGCGCAUAGAAGAGCAUGUUGGGACAAAGACGGCUGUGCAGAUUAGAAGUCACGCUCAAAAGUUCUUCACCAAGUUGGAAAAGGAAGCUAUGAACAAUGGUACUUCUCCGGGGCAAGCUCAUGACAUUGACAUACCUCCACCACGGCCUAAAAGGAAGCCUAACAGUCCGUAUCCUCGAAAAAGUGGUCUGAGCUCUGAGACACCAUCGAAGGAAGUUCCAAAUGAUAAAUCAACAAAAUCAAAUAUUACAGUGGGCAAUGGCAAUGUACAAAUGGCAGGCGAUGCAUCUCUGCAGAAAUUUCAGAGGAAGGAGGUGUCUGAAAAAGGAAGCUGCUCGGAAGUUCUUAAUCUCUUCCGAGAUGCCCCAUCUGCAUCAUUUUCUUCAGUUAACAAAAGCUCUUCGAAUAAUGGUGUACUCAGGGGGAUCGAACUAACCAAAAAAGAAAUCCGAGAUAUGACUACCAUGGAAAAGAAUUCAAUUAAUCCCACCAUGCAAGAGGAUGUCAAAGAGAUAAAUGAUCAGGAAAUGGGAAGGGUUAAUGGAAUCCACGUCAGUUCUAAAUGUGACCAUUCUAAUGAAGAAUAUUUGGACUUCUCAAUGCAACAAAUGAAGCUACAUCCAAAGUCUUUGGAGACAACAUAUGUGGACAAACAAACUGCAAGAACUUCACACACCCUGGCGGAGAGAAAUGGCGCAACUAGCAUUCCUGUCACUGGAACUGAAGGAACUCAUCCUGAUCAAACAAGCGAUCAAGUGGGAGUCAAUGGAAGUAUGAAUCCAUGCAUCCAUCCGAUGCUUUCUAUGGAUCUGAAAUUUGAUAGCAGUGCCACACCACAGUCUUUUCCUCAUAAUUAUGCUGCCUUUGCUCCGGUGAUGCAGUGCAACUGCAACCAAGAUACCUACAGAUCAUUCGUGAACAUGUCAUCCACCUUCUCCAGCAUGCUUGUUUCCACAUUGUUGUCAAACCCUGCCGUCCAUGCAGCUGCUAGGCUCGCAGCAUCAUACUGGCCAGCAGCAGAAGGUAACACUCAUGUUGAUCCAAAUCAAGAAAAUCCUGCGGAGGGUGUUCAAGGAAGAAACUUAGGCUCUCCUCCAAGCAUGGCUUCUAUUGUAGCAGCUACAGUUGCUGCAGCAUCUGCAUGGUGGGCAACACAAGGUCUUCUCCCUUUUUUGGCUCCCCCCAUGGCUUUUCCAUUUGUACCAGCUCCUAGUGCUGCCUUUCCCACAGCAGAUCUUCCACGACCUUCAGAGAAAGACAGAGAUUGCCUGGUUGAAAAUGCACAAAAGGAAUGCCAAGAAGCUCAGAAACAAGGCCAGUCUGAAGCUUUGAGAGUUGUUGCAUCUUCGGAGUCUGGUGGGAGUAGAAAAGGCGACAUGUCUAUCCAUACUGAAUUAAAGAUAUCUCAUGUCCUGAAUGCUGAGGCCACACCUACCACAGGAGCUGACACAAGUGAUGCAUUGAGGAAUAAGAAAAAGCAGGAUCGCUCUUCAUGCGGCUCCAACACGCCUUCAAGUAGUGAUGUAGAGGCAGAAAAUGUUCCUGAGAAGGAAGACAAGGCUAACGACAAGGCAAAGCAAGCCUCCUGCAGUAACUCUUCAGCUGGUGACACUAAUCACCGCAGGUUUAGAAGCAGUGGAAGCACAAGUGAUUCGUGGAAGGAAGUUUCUGAAGAGGGUCGUCUGGCUUUCGAUGCACUGUUCAGUAGAGAAAAGCUUCCACAAAGCUUUUCUCCCCCACAGGCAGAAGAAUCAAAGGAGGUUGCCAAUGAGGAGGAAGAUGAAGUGACCACAGUUACGGUUGACCUCAACAAGAACGUCACAAGCAUUGAUCAUGAGCUCGACAUGAUGGAUGAGCCAAGAACUUCCUUCCCCAAUGAAUUGUCACACCUGAAGCUUAAAUCACGCAAAACAGGCUUCAAACCAUACAAGAGAUGUUCUGUCGAAGCGAAGGAGAACAGGGCGCCAGCUAGCGACGAGGUUGGUACCAAGAGGAUCCGUCUUGAGAGUGAAGCAUCAACCUGAUUUGCUUCCUACAUGGCUGCCGGCCAAGCCUCUUCAUGGACUGUGUCAAAAGUUAUAUUUACACCUAAGCUAUUAUAGGACUUCAGACCUUGCAAUGCAAUGCUUCACUAAACUCAAUUUAUUGUGUGUUGUAUUUUAAUGCUUGCCAAGCAGCUCGUCCAGACUGCUUUUAAACCUUAUCUCGUAGACUCUGAAUUAAGCAUUAAGCGACUCUUGAACUU